UUAAAUAUUAAUUUUAUAAUAAUAAAUAUCAAAUUAUAAUUACAAAAAAGAAAUCCACAAGAUUUUCCACUGUGAGUCCAAAAUGUUGGCAGCCAAAUAGGAUACAGACAGGCGCAUCCGCACAAACUGCGAGAUUUUCCUGAAUAAACCUCCUUCCUUUUCAGGAAGCCACUGUGUGUGUGUGUGUGAUUGUGUGUGAGAGAGAGAGGAGAGAGAGAGAGAGAGAGAUGGCGGAUGAUAUACCGUGUUGCGAGACAAAGUUUUUUCUGUUUGUGAUAGUAAUCAUAUGUCUGGUAAUCUUCGCCGGUCUGAUGGCCGGUCUAACUCUUGGUUUGAUGUCUCUCGGCCUCGUCGACCUCGAAGUUCUCAGUAAAUCCGGCCGCCCCCAAGAUCGUAUACAUGCCUCUAAAAUACUUCCGGUGGUGAAAAAUCAACAUCUUUUGCUAUGCACACUCUUGAUCGGCAACUCUCUAGCGAUGGAGUCAUUACCCAUAUUCUUGGACAAGCUCGUCCCUCCAUGGGCAGCAGUUCUGCUAUCUGUCACACUCAUCCUCCUGUUUGGUGAGAUACUGCCUCAAGCAAUCUGCACCCGAUAUGGAUUAACCGUCGGAGCAACUGUGGCUCCCUUUGUCCGCCUUCUCCUUUGGCUGUUCUACCCUAUCGCUUAUCCGAUUAGUAAGUUUCUCGAUUGGAUGCUAGGUAAGGGGCAUGCUGCAUUACUUCGUAGAGCCGAGUUGAAAACUUUCGUUGAUUUCCAUGGAAACGAGGCUGGAAAAGGUGGUGAUUUGACGCACGACGAAACAACGAUAAUUGCUGGGGCAUUGGAGUUGACCGAGAAGACUGCAAAAGACGCAAUGACCCCUAUUACGAAGGCAUUUUCCCUCGAUUUGGAUGGAACUCUUACUUUGGAGACGUUAAACGCUAUAAUGACAAUGGGGCACAGUAGAGUUCCUGUUUACUACAAAAAUCCGAAUAAUAUCAUCGGACUCAUAUUGGUAAAGAAUCUUCUGGCAGUUGACCCUGAUGAUCCGGUUCCUCUAAGAAAAAUGUUAAUUAGAAAAAUUCCUCGGGUAUCGGAAAACUUGCCCCUUUACGAUAUUUUGAAUGAAUUUCAAAAGGGUCACAGCCACCUUGCCGUUGUGUAUAAGGAUUCGAAAGAAACGAAAGACACUUUGCAGAAAGCCAAAGAAGAUUAUCAGAAUUUUUCGGUUUCACAUGACGCUGACUCGAUCUUGAAAAAGGCAGACGAACAAGUGAAGAAAAGCUCCCCUGCUUUCAAGAAAAGACAUAGAGGCUGUUCUUUUUGCAUUUUAGAUCUCGAUUUAUCUCCGAUUCCCGAAUUUUCACCCGAUCAAGUAGUAGUUGGUGUCAUUACCAUGGAAGAUGUUAUUGAGGAGCUUCUUCAGGAGGAGAUACUCGACGAAACUGAUGAAUAUGUGAACAUACACAACAGGAUAAAGAUAAACAUGAACGCUUCUCAGGAUCAGACGAAUUCUUUGCAACCUUUACCUACAGUUUCAAGUCCUCCAGUUCAUACAGUUGCUUCAGCACUCCACAGUAGCAACAGACAUAUAGAUACAGAUAUGGCAAUAUCAAGAUUAGGGCGCCAAGUGAAGCGCUCUUAUCAAUCAUAUGGGUUCUGUGUGAAGCUAUCAGCAGUUGUAGUGUUAGGUCUGUGUUUUAUAUUUGUAUGGUCAAUCUUUUCGAGUUUCUCCGUAAAUUCUCGAAGGGAGAGCUUCGAUGAUAUAUUAGCUGAGUCGGUAUCCGAUGUGCCAGUUCAUCCCAGCAAGAAAGAACCCAGAGAUAAAGAUCAAGAAAGGGAGCUUGAACACAGAUUCAACUCUAGAUUGGGCGAUAAAGACGAUAAUGCCCUUAACGUUUCCGCCCCGAUGAAACCCGAAAAAGGGCAAGAAAAUGAUGGGGAUUCGAAGUUGUCGAAAAGGGGUGGUGGUGGAGAGAAAAAUCAAGAAAAUGAUGGGGAUUCGAAGUUGUCGAAAAAGGAUAGUGGAGAAAAAAAUCGAGAAAACGGUGGAUCGGAGGAGAGAGAGGACAACGAUAAAGAAGGCGAAGAAGCUGAUGAGGAAAAUAGUGACGGCAAAUCGGAUGAGUCUUUGGAAGAAGAUUCCGAUUCGAUUAAUACGGAAGAUUCGAAUAUUGAGGCUGAUGAACAAGAAGAAGGAGAUAAUGGAGGUGGUUUACGAAAGGCGAAUAAGAAGAAAUUGGGUCCGGUUUUCGAUCCGAAAAGACGCUACAUUUGGAAAUCGUGCAACACGAGAAGUAAGCAUAACUAUAUCCCUUGCAUCGACAUUGAAAUUGCUACGACUAAGUUGCAUAGUUAUAGGCACCGUGAAAGGAGUUGCCCUAAAUUGGAUUUUACGUGUCUUGUUCCUCUUCCUCGUGAUGGUUACGGCGGUCCAGUCGCUUGGCCCGAAAGCAAAACGAAGAUAAUGUACAGAAAUGUGGCGCAUCCGAAAUUAGCUGCGUAUGUUAAAACGCAAGAUUGGUUAGUUGAAUCUGGAGAGUAUCUCGUUUUUCCGCAGAAUCAGUCUUUAUUCAAAGGUGGAAUUCAACACUAUUUAGAAUCCAUAGAAGAGAUGGCGCCCGACAUUGAAUGGGGAAAAAACAUACGGAUUGUUCUAGAUAUCGGAUGUAAAGAUUCGAGCUUUAGUGCGUAUCUACUCGAGAAGGAUGUUUUGACUCUCACUCUCGGAUUGAAAGAUGACCUAGUUGACCUAGCUCAACUAGCCCUCGAGCGUGGUUACCCUACACUAGUUACCCCUUUCGCAAAUCGGAGGCUCCCUUUUCCGAGUGGAGUCUUCGAUGCAAUUCAUUGCGGCGAAUGCAGUAUUUCUUGGCAUUCAAACGGUGGUAAACUUAUACUCGAGAUGAAUAGGAUAUUGAGGCCCGGAGGGUACUUCAUUAUGUCGACUAAGCAUAACAGUAUCGAAGGUGAAGAAGCUUUGUCGACGUUGACGUCAUCGAUUUGUUGGAACAUACUGGCGGAUAAAACCGAUGAUGUCAGCGACAUAGGUGUCAAGAUAUACCAAAAGCCGGAAAGUAACGGCAUAUAUAAUUUGAGACGAAAAAAGUUCCCACCUCUAUGCAAGGAAAACGAGAACCCCGAUGCUACUUGGUAUGUUUCGAUGAAGACUUGCCUUCACCCAAUUCCCGAGGCUAUCGAGCAACACGGGACUGAGUGGCCUGCCGAAUGGCCCAAAAGGCUUCAUACAUUUCCCGAUUGGACAAAUAAUCGAGAAAAAUUGAUUGCCGAUAGUGAACAUUGGAAAGCUAUUGUCAACAAUUCGUAUCUCGAAGGAAUCGGCAUUGACUGGUCAACUAUCAGGAAUGUUAUGGACAUGAAAGCCGUAAACGGAGGAUUUGCAGCUGCGCUUUCGGAGCAGAAGGUUUGGGUAAUGAAUGUGGUACCUGUACAUGCACCAGAUACACUCCCGAUAAUUUUCGAGCGCGGGCUUAUCGGCGUUUACCAUGAUUGGUGUGAAUCUAUUGGCUCUUAUCCAAGAUCUUACGACCUUCUGCAUGCCGAUCAUCUCUUCUCAAGGCUUAAGAACAGAUGUAAGCAGGCAAUAGUAAUUGUUGUGGAGAUGGAUCGGAUACUAAGGCCUAACGGAUGGGCAAUUAUUCGCGACAAAGUCGAAAUUCUAAAUCCUCUUGAAGAGAUUUUGAGAAGCCUUCAUUGGGAGAUUCGUAUGACUUUUGCGCAGAAUCGAGAGGGUAUUCUCUGUGCACAGAAGACCGUGUGGCGGCCUUGAUUUGCCUUUCGUUAAUCCCCACCAUUUGUACAUUUUUUUAGAGCCCUUUUAGCACAUCUUUUUUCUCAUCCAGCCUCAACAAAAUUUGUUCAUGAGAGCUUUUUUUUUCUUCUUUUUUUUGUAUCCUCAUUUUUUUUUUCCUGAAUUCGGAGAAGAUGAAUACUCGAUACACAUUCAACAUUGUAUACUAAAUUUCUUGAAUCACACUUGACACUAUUGAGGGGUGAAUUGAAUUUUCUUUUUUCUUU